AUGGCUGAGAAAGAUCCCAUCGAGGGUCUACGCCUCCCCGAGGAAAACAGCCUGUCGACUGGCAACAGCGACUCUGGCGCAGACGAUGCGAGCGCCUACGAGCUGACCGGAAUUCCACUAUUCCUGGUCAUCACUGGACUUGGUCUUUCUAUUUUCCUCAUGUCACUGGAUUCUUCAAUUAUUGCCACUGCUAUACCUCGGAUCACGUCACAAUUCAAAAGCACCGGUGAUAUUGGCUGGUAUGGAAGUGCAUACUCCUUUGCGAUGUGCGCUUUGCAGCCUAUCGCAGGUAAACUGUUUGCAAAUUUUGCAAUGAAGGGCAUGUUCCUCGGAUGUCUUGCCGUCUUCGAGCUCGGCUCAUUGCUCUGUGCCCUUGCUGUCAAUAGUCCUAUGUUCAUAAUCGGGCGCGCUAUAGCCGGAAUUGGGGCAGCAGGUUGCUUUACAGGAGCCUUCUGUAUUGUCGCGGUUUCCAUCCCGCUGGUCAAGCGACCCUUCUAUAUUGGAAUCCUUCAGUCAACCUUCGGCAUUGCCACCAUAAUUGGACCCGUGUUAGGUGGUACAUUCACAGAGCAUGUGACGUGGCGGUGGUGCUUCUGGAUCAAUCUCCCCAUCGGUGCUGUCACUAUCUUGUCACUGGUUUUCUUUUUCAAACCACCUCCGCACAACUCAACGAAAGCUCCGUCUGUUCUUAGUAGACUGGAAAACUUGGACUUUCUCGGCGCUUUCCUUUUCGCUCCCGCCAUCAUCAUGAUCUUUUUGGCUCUUCAAUGGGGAGGGACCGAACACGCUUGGAAGAGUGCCACCAUCAUUGGCCUCUUCAUUGGAGGUGUGGGUCUUGGUGUUGUCUUUGCUUUCUGGCAAAUACGACGGGGUGACAAUGCCAUGAUUCCGCCGCGUCUGAUCACUGAGCGUACGAUGUUCUUCUCCUGUUUCAGCGAGUUCUUCGCCAUGGGUGCUGUUUACAUUUCGAUCUACUACCUUCCAGAAUGGUUCCAGGUCAUCAAAGGAGCCUCGCCCACGAAAUCCGGAGUUAUGUACCUCCCUUUAGCGCUGUCGGAUGUCCUCUCUGCAACCCUGACAGGUGCCUCACUCAAGUAUCUUGGAUACCCAAAUCCCUACAUGCUCCUUGGAACGGGCCUGAUGAGCAUAGCAACGGGACUCUUCUCUACCUUCUCUCAAAGCACUCCCCACCAGCAGUGGAUCCCAUUCCAAGUUCUCCAAGGCAUUGGUGUGGGGAUGACUCUCUCAAUGCCCUAUGUUGCGACACAAACAGUCCUCAAGCCAGAAGAUAUUCCUGUCGGCACUUCAUUAUUGCAAUGCUUCCAAUUCUUCGGCGCUUCCGUGAACCUCGCCAUUGCUGAGGCUAUCUUUGAGAACAAACUUGUCUCGCGACUGGACAGUUGGGGAUUUGAGGGCCAUGAGAUAGAGAAAAUUCUCAGUGCAGGCUCCGCCGAAGCGAGGAGCGUGGUUUCCGCAGAGCAUAUUCCAGGCGUCUUGCAUGCAUACAACUACGCGAUCACCCGAACGUUCUACGUCGCAACCAGUGUUGCUGCCGUUGCAUUGCUCCUCUCUCUCGGGAUUCGCUGGAGGAGUGUCAAGCCGAAACCCCAGCCUGAUGUCUCUGAUGAGGAGGCCAGAUCUUCAAUUCAAUAG